AUGAUGAAUAUCCUUGUUUCCCCAAUAUUCCGGGGAGUAUUGUCGAGGACCCGAUGCUGGUUUUCACUUUCCUCGAAUAAAGAAUAUCCAUCCGAGCGGGCUAUUUCUGAAUGGGCCGGCGUAUGGAAAGAAUUAAACUGUUUUGGUGAUCGGUCGAGAAAUGACGGGAUCAACUUCUCAUCAUUUGUCAUUCGAAAUAUACAGAAACUUUUGGAUGGAGGGACAUCAGGGGGUAAGGGAUUUGACAUCCGCGAUGGCCCCUGGCAUUUACCAUUUAUCGGUGAGAAACAGAUGGCUUUGGAGGAGAAAUAUAAUGUUCGAAUUGUGCUGAUUGCAUUCAAAGGGCACCAGAGUACAGGCCAAGUAUACCGAUCUCUCUGUAUCUUCGAUUGCAACAAGCCCGACACACUUCGCUGUUUGCGUUAUGAUUCGGCUCGAUACUUCAACAUUUACAUGGGUUCUCCCUCCAAUAUGGAGAAAUACGAGCAAAUGCAGCUGGGAAUCAUGGCAAAAGACGAGACAAUGAAAGUGACAUCGGAGAAGAUCAAUGAAUGGACAUACAAACGGACAAUGGAACCGGAAGAAGAGGGGGAAGAGCCAUGGAUCUGGACGGCAAACUAUCGACCGACAUUUGAUGAUAUCAAUUGUUUCCAUUGUCUCAAGGGUCCAUUACCAGAUAUGUCUUAUUGUAGCGAAUUCCAUGAAAUGUGU